AAGCUGGAUGCCAACCGCCGUUAAAAGAAGAAGAAGAAGAAGACCGGAAGAACAUUUAUGCUGAUCGUAAAGACGAACCUCGCUUGAAAAUGAAUACCCGUGGCCUGCGCUCUCAGCUGAAGGACAGUGUUCCCGUGACAGGUCUGUGUCCACAGGCGGGUCCUUAUGGGGUUCAGGACUCUCUACGCAGGGGGUUCUCAAGCGUAAAGAAUGAGCUGCUACCAAGUCAUCCAUUGGAGCUUUCUGAGAAAAAUUUUCAGCUUAACCAGGACAAGAUGAAUUUCAACACACUAAGGAACAUCCAGGGUCUCCACGCUCCCCUCAAACUACAGAUGGAGUACAGAGCGGCUAGACAGGUAUUGUGAGCAAGUGUCAUAAAC